AUGUUUAAUGCAGGAAGAAAAUGGAUUUCUUUAAAUCAUAAAGUAUCAGAAGUUGGUGGGUAUAGGAGACACUGGCUUCCCAGUAUCCUUACUAAAAGGGUUCACUGCUCUAGAACCCCUUCUGACCACUCUUCAGGAAGAACAGGUGCCUAUAACCCUUUUUUUAUUGGUGCCCUUAGGUCCUACAUUCAACUCUAUGCUUUCCAACAAGCUGUGCCUUUUCCAAGGUCUGGGGGGGGGGAUGUUAAUACUAAUCUGAAUUUUGCGGGAAGGACUGUCCCUUCCAAUCUCUUGUCAGACGCAAAUGGUGACAAUUUGCAGGCGGCCAUGGCUUUCAGAUCUACCUUUUUGUGA